AUGAAGGAGAACCAUGUAAUUAUGGAUUGGAGUGUUGACCCAGGUCUUGCUGCAUUCAUUGCAGAAGAGAUCACGAUUAAGGAAUCAAUUGCCACAAGGAAACCAACCAAAGCAGAGAUAACAACACAUAGUGAGAGAGGCAAACAUGACAGUGGUGAGGGUGGAGUUGUUCAAAAAAACGUUGGAGGGGUUGUCAAGUAG